AUCCAAGAUACAACCCAAUAUACAAACCCCAAGGUGCAUCGCAUCGCCUCACAAAAGAUGCCUGCUUCGGGGGCGGGAGAAUCACUUUCUCCACCUCUGAGGACCCGAAGCAAACGGCCGCAACGCUAAGAAUAAGAUGGAUUCAUUCCCCCAGAAACACUUUCAUGGUCGAAUCGGAACCGCGACCCUUCAGCUCAUCCCGCCGCUUUGGCUGCAGUGCUGAGAAGUCUCGCUCCCGUGCGGCAUCUCAUCUCUCGCCCACGAAAGCUCACAUGUCGACGUCCUCUUCCGCUUUCCACCGUUCGUCGUCGUCGUCGUCGUAGUCGUCGCUGUGGCCGCUGGCGCCGCCGCCGCUCGUCACACAUGUGCCCAACCAACAGCGUGAAGCGCGUCUGCCGCUCCGACAUCCAACACCUCCGCAACGCCGGCACCCACAUCUCCUUUGCCCCCGGCUGCAAGCGCCGCAUGUGGCAGCACGUCAUCCGCUUCCAGCUCUCUCCUGCCACCGCCGCCUUCAAGCAGUGGGACUGCAUCGCCCGGGAGCUGUACCUCGUCCGCCCGGACGGCUCGUCCUGGGGCGCCGCCUGGGACCUCGUCGUCCUCCGCAAGAUUCAGUCCGGCCUGUCUCGCUGUGCCUCGGAAGCCGUCCAUCUGGGCCUCGUGCGCGACACGGAUGGUGAGCGCGUCUGGGAAGACUGGACCCGAGGUUUCCUGUGCGUCGAGUGGGACGGCAGCUGCUUCGAUCCCGAAUACGCCCGCACUUUGCUGCAGCAGGCGUCAGACGCCGACGAGGACGAGCGUAGACAGCGUCGCCGUCACGAGGACGAGAUCGCUGCACUGGCCGCCCAACUGCGAGAACUGGGCCAAGUUCCCGUCGUCCCGCCGCGUCGGGAUGAGGAGGACAUGAGCCAUCAUCAUAGCGGGAGCGAUGGCAGGGACGUGUCGCUGCCGGACCCUGCCAUCGCUCCCGCCGAUGAGCCCGCUCGGCGUGACCAAAGAAACAUGGCCCAGAACGACAAGGACCAAGACGAGGUUGUACCUGGCGAUUCCGUUUCGAGACUGGUAGAACCUUGUGUACCCCGUGGUGCUCGGCCAGGGGGGUCAGCUUCAGUCCCUCGUGCGACGCCUGCGGCUGGAAACGCGGCAGGCUCGGGUCUGGCUUUCAGAGGCCGCCAAGAAAAGGACGCUCUCCCCGCUGCCGAUAAUGUUGCUCCUACUGCUGCCCGUGAUGUCGCUCGUUUCUGGGCUGACAAGUCACUCGCCAAGCUUGAGGGUUGGCUCCGCCAGGGAUGGGCUCGGCUGUUCGAUCUUCGAGUCCACAUGCUCGAUGCGCUCUUUGGCUUCUCGCUGGCGGUUGGCGGUAGAGGUUGCGGCAGACAGCCCAACCGCCCUCGCGUCGUCGCCAUCCGAGAGGCUCGCGAGAAGCUUCUGGAGGAGAUCUUCUUCCUCGAAGACGUCAUCCACGACCGUCGGCGGCGGCCAUCAGGCCCUAGUCCUCCGCCGUACCCCGGCCGUGGACUGCUGUGCAAGUAUUUUCUCGGUGGUGAUGGCCUGUCUCCCGCGAUGGAGGCGAGGGUUUCAGGGGUACACGGACCGUAUCUUUGACUGUCUGCCUGCUUGCCUGCCUGCCUCACUCGGAUCGUCCUCAAGUGAGCAUCACGAUAUGUGUGCUUUUGGCUCAAGGUUCGGACGAUGCCCUAGAAUGGACUCAUAUGAUGGUUGUCGUGGGAGGAAUGGGGAGGAAAGUUGGUCUCACGAUGUAAUUUGAUGUGAGUGAUGGGCGAUGAAUGACGAUUGACGAUGGAUCACGAUCAACAAUGAAUGAUGGGAAACGAUGAUUGAUAAAAACUGAGCAAAACCCGAAAGUAGAGAAUUCUAUUAAUGAUUGAUGAUUAA